AGGGUGAGUUAGAUGUUCCAGCAGUUCAGCAGCAGCAAAGAUGCAGCUUCUCCUUUCCUCCCAGCUCUGGAUUAAUCUCCUCAUAUCUCUCUUUAUUCACACUCAGGCCUCCAAUAUCUGCACAUCUCGAGGAGCCAGCACCUGCCAGCAGUGUUUGGCGGUUCAUCAUUCCUGCGCGUGGUGCUCUCAAGAGGAAUUUGGGCUGGACGUGCCGGGCGCCUCCCGAUGUGACCUCAAGAAGAACCUUCUAGCUGCAGGAUGCAGGAGCGGAGCGCUGGAGUAUCCCAUCAGCCAGCUGCGCGUUACAGAGAACAAAACUCUCAGCGAUAAGGCCUCAGGAUCCACCACUGACGUCACUCAGAUCCAACCACAGAAACUGCACAUCACCCUCAGACCUGAUGACUCCCAGAGGUUCACGCUGCAGGUGCGACAGGUGGAGGACUACCCUGUCGACCUGUACUAUCUGAUGGACCUGUCGUACUCCAUGAAUGAUGACCUGUCUCAGCUUAGGAGACUCGGAAAGGGUCUGGCGGAGGAGAUGAGUAAAACCACCAGCAAUCUCCGAAUGGGUUUUGGGGCUUUCGUGGAUAAACCUGUGUCUCCGUACAUGUACAUCUCUCCACCAGAAGCUGUGAAGAACCCAUGCUACUCAAUCCCGUUUAAAUGCCAGCCACAGUUUGGCUACAGGCACGUGCUGUCGCUGACGGAUGAAGUGGGUCGCUUCACAGAGGAGGUGAAGAAGCAGAAGGUUUCUCGUAAUCGUGACGCUCCGGAGGGGGGAUUUGACGCCAUCAUACAGGCAGCCGUGUGUAAGGACAAGAUUGGUUGGCGGCCGGAUGCUUCCCACCUGCUGGUGUUCACUACUGAUGCUAAGACUCAUGUAGCGCUGGACGGACGCUUGGCGGGCAUUGUGCGACCUAAUGAUGGCCAGUGCCAUGUGGGCGAAGACAACGUCUACAACAUGUCUACUACAAUGGACUACCCAUCCCUUGCUCUGAUCACGGAGAAGAUGUCUGAGAACAACAUAAACCUCAUCUUUGCUGUCACCAAUCCUGUUGUACCUCUUUACAAGAAUUACAGUGAUCUAAUCCCGGGUACAGCAGUGGGAACUCUGUCUGAGGACUCACGCAAUGUCAUCCAACUGAUCCAAGAUGCUUAUGCUAAAAUUCGCUCUAAGGUUGAGCUGGAGCUCUUGAAUGUUCCAGAAGAGCUGAGUCUCUCCUUCACUGCAACGUGUCUGAAUGGGGAGGUGAUACCAGGUCUCAAGUCCUGCUCUGGACUCAAAAGAGGAGAUACGGUAUCCUUCAGCGUAGAGGCUCGUGCGAGGGGCUGCCCCAAAGAGAAGCGCAAGACUUUCACCAUCAAACCCGUGGGCUUCAAAGACGCUUUGCAGAUCACCGUCGACUUCGAGUGCCAGUGUAAGUGCCAGGCUCUGGGCGAGCCCGACAGUCCCGUGUGCCACCACGGCAAUGGCACCUACGAGUGUGGCAUCUGCAUGUGCCACCCCGGCCGCCUGGGCCCCAGGUGUGAGUGUGCGGAGGGAGACUACAGCCCCAGCGAGCAGGACACCUGCAGCGGCCCAAACAAGGUGGUGUGCAGUGGCCGAGGAGACUGUGUGUGUGGUCAGUGUGUGUGUCACAACAACGACUUCGGCAAGGUGUGGGGGAAGAGGUGCGAGUGUGAUGACUUCAGCUGCCUGAGGUAUAAAGGAGAGCUGUGCUCAGGUCACGGCACAUGCUCGUGUGGGUUCUGCCAGUGUGACCCGGACUGGUCGGGUGAGAACUGUAACUGCUCCACACGUCUGGACACCUGCAUGUCCACCACAGGCUCCCUGUGCAGCGGCCGAGGGCAGUGUGUGUGCGGCAGCUGUGAGUGUACCCAGCCCGGGGCCUACGGAUCCACCUGCGAUAAAUGCCCCACCUGCCCUGAUGCCUGCACCAUGAAGAAGGACUGUGUGGAAUGUAAGCAUUUUAAACGAGGUGCGCUAUUUGAGGACGACAGCUGUGCUCGCAUUUGCAGAGAUGAGAUUGUGCUGGUUGAUGAUCUGGUUCUCCACGACAAGAAUGCUGUGAACUGUACCUACAAGGACGAGGAUGAUUGUGUGCAGAGGUUCCAGUACUUUGAAGAUAACAGCGGGAAGUCUAUUCUGUCUGUGGUGAAAGAGCCAGACUGUCCUAAAGGCCCUGAUAUCCUGGUGGUGCUGCUCUCGGUUGCUGGCGCUAUACUGUUCCUGGGUCUCGCCGCCUUGCUGAUCUGGAAACUGCUGGUGACCAUCCACGACCGCCGCGAGUUCGCCAAAUUCGAGGAGGAGCGAGCAAAAGCCAAAUGGGACACGAGCCACAACCCUCUCUACAAAGGAGCCACGACCACUUUCACCAACAUCACCUACCGAGGAAAAGACUAACAGACCCUCACCAUCGUCACUGCAGCUGCAACCAGGCGGGAAUUUAUUAAUAACUGUAAAAAAAAAAUACUGUUAUCAUUUAUAUUUGGAGGAUGUACAUUUUCUGUCUGUAAAUAAUAAUAUGACAGGUGGUUUAAUGAAGUAUCUUGUAUUUAGUCAUCACACGUUUUGAUGAUUGCAGUCAGUGUAUUAUGCAUUCUGUGUUUUUGGUACCACUUUAAAAUAAGACUACCUUCAUAAAGGGUUUAUACAAUAGUUUAUUAAUGGUUACUAAUUAGGUAGUAAAUGCCUUAAAAAUCAUUAAUAAUCAGUUAUAACACAUAUGUUGAAAGGACAACAAUGACCUGUUGUUUGCCAAAUAGUGAACCCACAGCCAUCUAUACUGUUACCCUUUCUACGUAUGUGUUAUAACUGAUUAUUAAUGAUUUUUAAGGCAUUUACAACAUAAUUAGUAACCAUUAAUAAACUAAUUGCAAACCAUUUAUAAACCCUUUAUAAAGGUAGUCUUAUUUUAAAGUGGUACCAUGUUUUUUAUAUUGUGUGCAUCAGAACCCACUAAAUGUACUGUGUCUUAGGAGUGGAGUUUUUAAAAAAGCCUCAUUGUUUUAAUGUUUGUUUCUUUUGAGAUAAUCGCUAAUCACCAGAACACACACUACGCCUUUUCCUCAGGGUCCCUCAGGGCUUUCCUGUUAGUGGUUAUGAAUUUAUGAUGCAGUUUAAAACUAUUUUAAAUAGUAACGUGUGAUCUGGUCUCGAUCUGAUCCAGCCAUCAAAUAUACUAAUCAUUUUUAAUUGAGCUAAACUGCUGAUAAGGCACAGUUUUAUCUGAUAUAUUAGCCAGAUAAUAUACUGCUAUGAUCAAACACUGUCUCUGCUGCUCCAUGCUGUUUACACACUAAGAGCAUAAUAAUGUGCAGCGUGCACUGCUUGCA